ACUUUUUUUCGUCACCCUGAGGAGGAGAGAGUGGGGGACGAAGAAGCUACAGCAGAAAGGGAAGCUCCUUCGAUCUGCAAUCUAUAGCUAUUGCGCUUUCUGUUUCAGAGACUUUUGUUUCUCUCUCGUUCUCUCUCACUGUGAUUCCACCAUUUCGCCAUCAUGAUUUCUGCAACUAAGCUCAAAUCCGUUGAUUUUUACAGAAAAAUCCCGAGAGAUUUGACUGAGGCAUCGUUAUCGGGAGCGGGACUAUCCAUAUUGGCAGCUCUCUUCAUGAUGUUUUUGUUUGGAAUGGAACUAAGUAAUUAUUUGACUGUUAGCACCUCCACAUCUGUGAUUGUUGACAAGAGUUCUGAUCAUGACUAUUUACGUAUCGAUUUCAAUAUCAGUUUUCCUGCACUCUCUUGUGAGUUUGCAUCAGUUGAUGUGAGUGAUGUGCUGGGAACAAACAGGCUCAAUAUAACAAAAACAGUUCGGAAGUUUUCUAUUGAUUCAAAUUUAAGACCCACUGGAUCUGAGUUUCAUUCAGGUACAUUUGCAAAUGCUGUAAAGCAUGAUGAUGAAGUAGAAGGAGAAUCUGUUGAAGGUUCAUUAGCACUUACAACACAUAAUUUUGAUAAUUAUGUUCAUCAGUUCCCAAUUACAGUUGUAAAUUUUUAUGCACCUUGGUGUUCCUGGUGUCAGCGUUUGAAACCUGCAUGGGAGAAAACAGCUAAACUUAUGAAAGAGAGGUAUGACCCAGAAAUCGAUGGGCGCAUUAUUUUGGCAAAGGUGGAUUGCACUCUAGAGGCAGAUUUAUGCAGGAGGAAUCAUAUUCAAGGAUAUCCAUCCAUUCGAAUCUUCCGUAGAGGAAGUGAUGUCAGAAGUGAACAUGGGCAUCACGAACACGAGUCCUAUUAUGGCGAUCGUGAUACAGAAAGCCUUGUCCAGUUUAUGGAGAGUUUAGUUGCAUCUCUCCCAACAGCAUCUCAAAAGCCAGCAGCUCUGGAAGAUAAGUCUAAUGCUGCAGAAAAUGCAAAAAGGCCAGCACCAUCAGCGGGUGGAUGUAGAAUUGAGGGAUAUGUGCGAGUGAAAAAGGUUCCAGGAAAUUUGAUCAUCUCAGCUAGAUCUGAUUCCCAUUCUUUUGAUGCUUCUCAAAUGAACAUGUCACAUGUCAUAAACAACUUGUUUUUUGGAAAGAAAGUGACGCCUAGGGCCAUGAGUGAUGUGAAGCUCUUGAUACCAUACAUAGGUAGCAGCCAUGAUAGGCUCAGUGGCCGGUCAUUCUCUAAUACUCGUGAUUUCGGAGCAAAUGUUACUAUAGAGCAUUAUAUUCAGAUAGUUAAAACAGAGGUUGUGAAUAGAAAAGGUCACAGAUUAAUCGAGGAGUACGAGUACACAGCGCACAGCAGUGUGGCUCACAGUGUUGACAUUCCUGUUGCGAAGUUUCAUCUUGAGCUCUCCCCAAUGCAGGUCUUAAUAACAGAAAACCAGAGGUCUUUUUCACAUUUUAUUACUAAUGUCUGUGCCAUUAUUGGAGGUGUUUUCACGGUAGCUGGAAUUUUGGACUCGAUUCUGCACAACACUAUCAGAAUGAUGAAAAAAGUUGAGCUUGGGAAAAAUUUUUGAUAGAUAGGUGAUCAUUGUAUAGUGUUGGGCCUCUGAUUUUUUUUUAUGUUCACUUUCACUUAGCAGUAUUAUAGGUAACUAGCUAUGCUAUAUGUUCUUACAAAUAUAAUUUUCUUGCUACUUCAGUAAAAUGAUCAUUACAGGGAUAAGAAUUCCGAGGUACGCAAUGCCUCCAACAUUUUCCUUCAUCGAAUUCUUGUUUCUUUUAUGGCUGAGGAAAGAAUAUCUAUUAAUUUAUUAAAGAGUAGAGGGGGAAAUUGGUAUGGAGUACCAUAAUGACGAAGAAAUGUGGAUGCAAAUUUAUUGAAGU